GCGAAGUCCGGCGGCGAUAUGGCGACGUUGUGCUUUGCGCUACUGCUGUCCCUUGUCACUGCCCGAGGUGGCUCUGCAACUGGUGGUUCUGGUAGGAGCGGGAGCGGGAGCGGGAGCGGUCCACUGGACAUAGGGAUGAUGUUCCCCAUGACUGGGUCUUCAGUGAUUAUGACCAGUGGCUUCUCUGCGACUACCAGUGCAGUCAAGACAUCUGCGAUUCAAACACUGACCCUUACCGCUGCAGUGAUAUCUACUCCAACUACAGACGUCUCUAGUCCAACUGUGACAUCUAGAAGGACUAUAACAUCCAGGGUGACACUGACUGAAUCGUCAUCUAGUACUCCCAUAACCCAGACACCCAGUCCAACAUUGAGCUCAACUAUUGAGACACUGAGUACACUUGGCCCAAGUGUGACUGAGACGCUCACCAUUACACCACUGACUGAAUCCAGUAUUCCCGUAACCCAGACACCCAGUCCAACAUCCCAAAGAAAGAGUAUUAGUCCAACACUGACUGUACAGUCUGGAUCUCCCGUAUCCACACCAGGUGUCUUUGUCACAGAGGAAGGAGAUGGGGAGGAGGUGGGCAUGCCAGAUAAAUGGGUCCUCUUUCUUGUGGCUGGAGUGGGAGGACUUGUUGUUUUGCUUCUGCUAUUAGCUGUGAUAAUUAUGGGAGUUCACGUCUAUCGCACCAGAAGGUCGGCAGAGAGGAGGAGAAGAGCAGUUUUGUUCUCCAACAGAGAAAUGGUGCAGAUCAGACAGCGGAGUCAGAGCCCCGAUACCACCCCUAACCACCACCCUGCUUCCUGCGGGGUGGCCAAACAGCCCCAAACAUACGAAGAGCUAUAUUCACAUAUACAAGAGGAGAACCUCCCAAUUAUUGAGAUAAGUGAGCUCCAGACUUAUGUUGAGGCCCUGGAAGAAGACCAGGCUAUGGAUGAGUACUUGGAGGUAUUGGAGAUGGAUGUCCAGCCAUACACUAUGACCGCCAGCCUCAAGUGUAACAGGAACAAGAACAGAUACAUCGAUAUUCUAGCCAAUGAGUUCACUAGAGUCCAUCUUCACACUCCUGCUGGUCACACUAGGUACUCUGACUACAUCAAUGCCAACUACAUUGAGGGCUACAGAAAGAGAAAAGAGUAUAUAGCUGCACAAGGUCCACUGGAGAAGACUGGAGCCGACUUCUGGUCAAUGGUAUGGAGCGAAAAGAGUGCAAUCAUUGUCAUGGUAACCAACCUGGUCGAAGAUGAAAGGCACAAAUGUUUCAAGUACUGGCCGAGUGAGGGAGCAUUGUUGGCCCACUCACUCUCAGUAGUCCUGCAAGACGAGCAGAUUCUCUCAAACUACACCAUUCGGAGCUUCAAAGUCACUCUCAAAGACCAGAGGUAUGAAGGCAGUGGAGAGAGUCGAGUGGUCACUCAGUUCCACUUCACUGGCUGGCCUGACCACGGAGUGCCCGAAAACACAGAGUCAAUGCUGCAGUUUGUGCGCAGAGUUCGCUCUGAUAUCAUUCCUUCCCAUGGCCCACUCAUUAUCCACUGCAGUGCUGGUGUAGGAAGGACUGGGACUUUCAUAGCAAUAGACGUGAUGCUCCAGAGACUGCAGCAGAACAAACCUCUGGACAUCAUGAACUGGGUGUGCCGCAUGAGGGCCCAGCGAGGAUCGAUGGUCCAGACAUCAUGGCAGUACAUGUUCAUCUACAAAGCCCUGGCCCAUGCUGCUGGUGCAGUAAGGAACAGUGAAGAGGCCACUGGGAGGGAGGAGGAGGAGGAGGAGGGGAGUGGUGCUUGUGUUGUCAGUUUUGAUCAAUCCUCCUACACUGUGGAUGAAGGAAAUAUGUUGGAAGUGAUGGUGACAGUAGAUCUAAUGUGCUCCAUAGAAGAUUUCACAGUCAAUAUCUCAUCCAUCGAUGGCACAGCAGUGGGUGGAAGUGAUUUCGUACCAGUGGCCCAGAUGCUAACAUUCACCAAUUCCACUCGUGAGAUUCCAGUUUCAGUUGAAAUCCUCAAUGACACGGUGGUGGAAGAUCAGGAGGUUUUCAUGCUUGCUCUUGUUACCAAUGACGACAAUGUUACGCUGCCAGACAGCCCAGUCGAGGUCUCCAUCACUGACAAUAGCUCUGUGACUGUUGGAUUUAACAAAAUGGGAUAUGUGGUGCCAGAGGGAGAAUCUGUGGAUGUUGUAUUGAAUGUGAAUGGAGGAGGUACUCUGGAGAGAAAUAUCAUGGUUCAAUUGACUGUUGAUGGUGGGGCAACUGAAGGGGCUGACUAUACUGCGCUGCCUGCUAGUGUGAUGUUGACUGCUGGUACUACAAGCAGUACUGUGACGUUCACAGCCGCUAAUGACACUCUGGUGGAGGAGGAAGAAAUUGUUCAGUUGACACUUGAGUCGUCAGACAGCGCUGUGACGGUUGGACCUAGCUCAAGUGUGACUAUCACAGACACCACUAUUGCCACUAUCAGCUUCUCUGAGCUCAUGUACAGUGUGGUGGAAGGAAAUAAUCUCACCUUUGAGGUCGUAUUUGAGUCUCCAGUGACUCUAGCCAGAGAGGUGGAAGUGACUGUCACACUAAUAGAAGGAACUGCCAUGGCCCCUGGUGACUAUAAUAUGCUGGGACCAAUGAUGCUGACACUGACUAGCACUGGUGGUACUGCAAUGGUUAAUAUUGUGGAUGAUGCAUUGCUUGAGGCUGACGAAAUGUUUGAAAUGAUGCUGGAUUCAACUGAUCCCGCCGUGUCAUUUGCCGUGGACACAGCAACUGUCACCAUUAUAAGCCCUGUCCUGGUGUUUCAGUUCAACCAGUCUGCCUACACUGUGGAUGAAGGAGACUCAGUACCAGUAAUGGUGACGUGGGUCAAUCCACAGAUGGGAGAGGUGGAAUCCAGAGGGGAACAUUACACUCAACAUGCCUCAAAUACGGGUGUAGUGGUCAUUACUGCACUGAGUGAUAAGCUGAAGGAAGACCCGCAAGAUGAGGAUUUCAUUCUAUCUCUGGAAUCUAAAUUCAGACUGAGCGUCUCUCAAGCCGCUCUCACUAUCAGUGACACUACUGUCACUCUGAAUGUGGUGGGGGAUAGUGAAGUGACGGAGGGAGAGAGCAUAACUCUGAAUAUUACAGCUGUCGGUCCGUUUGUUGAGAAUUUCAUGGUGAAUAUACAGGCUGAUCCAGCGAACGAGGUCAUGAUUAGUCCAACGUAUGUCGACUUCACUUCUACCACUACUCAAGUCAGUGUCACUAUUGGAGGGAUACUGGACGGAGAGCCUGAGCUGACUGAGACGGUCACUAUUAGUUUCACCACCGCGUCUGCUAAUGUUGAAGAUUUUGACUAUACUAUUACAGUCAUAGACGCGACUGUGAUCCAUACCGAUGGUCCUCAGUCUCAGGGAGUGGAGGUGAACGAUUCAGUUACGCUCACAUGUCGGUUCGAAGCUGGGAACCCGGAGGAGAUAGUGUGGAUGAAGGAUGGGGUCCCACUCAGUGAAGGUGGAUCUAAUGUUGAUGAAGUGGGGUUUGGCUACAGGAGCACUCUCAUCAUUGCUCGUGUGGAUUUUUCCAACUGUGGCAACUAUACCUGCUCCAUGGGAGAUGUGAUUUCCCCACCUGCAGAGCUUGGAGUCUACCAGCUGGCCAGCACCUCAGACCAGAACCCAACGUCAUCCAUUGGAGCAGUUGGUGUCAUAAGCUGCUCCAUUAUCAGCUGUGGCCAGGUCUCAAUAGUAUUUGACAUCGACAAUGACAUUGCCACCCAAAUCUCUCUCAAUACCACCACUGCCGAUGUGGAUGAGACUCUGGGCACUGUUGAGACUACCAGAGAGGCAACUAUAACGACACUGGGUCGUGUCAACGAGGGAAUGUCGCAAUCCUGCAACGUGACCCACAGUGGAGUGGUCCUUCGCGAGGAGGUGUUCAACUACACUCUGGAGAAUGUUGUCAUCAAUGUCGACGUGCGGGCAGAGAAUCUAACUCUACCCAACAGAACUGGCGGCGAUUCAUUCGUGGUGGGGGAUGACGUCGUACUGAACUGCAGUGCAACCAACCCUCCCGGUGUAGAUCGAGACCUCACCAUACGAUGGUUCAGACUUGGCACAGAGCAGAAUGAGGAGGGGAUCUAUAUUAUGCCUGAUAGUCCCCCCGCGAACACGAGGGUCGAGACUGGAGAUGGCUACGUGGCACUCAUACUUCCUGACAUAAAGGACGAUUCAGAUGAAGAAACUGUAUACAUCUGCAAGGCCUACAACAGACUGCCCAGUGACCAAGUCGAAGAAGCUGUCAAUGUGACUGUCAUCUAUGUACCAGGCGAGGUAGACAGCACAAAAAUAGCUUCUGUUCCUCUCACUCUCCUGUGUCGAACUACUGCAACAGACGACUGUGUCAGUUACACCACUCCACAGCCCCAUGCCGCAGUGCUCACAGUUCCCACGGUCACCUAUAACGUUUCUGUCAAUGCUACCAAUGUUGUGGGAUCCAGCAAUUCAGAUACAACUACUAUUGUGGGGACCAAUCAAGGAGCCGCGGCAACUGUUACGGGAUUUGCCCUCUCCCCGGCAUUUCUCAUCUUGGAGUGGACCCUCUCUUCUCUCGUCUCUAACGUGACUGACCCCCCAAAUAAUGACCUCCCUGCUGAGAGCGUCUUCUUCGUGGACCAAUUUGUCAUUCGUUUCGAGGGUGAUGUCGUAGCGAGAGUUGCAGAGAGGAGCUAUCUCUUUAGCAUCCCCAAUGACGAGAUCAAUCCUGGCGACGAAAUUGACACGAUGUUACCGUUUGAGGUGGAGGUCGUCUAUUCAGAUAUAAAUAUUAACACAACUCUCAAUACGACGUCAUUCAUCAGUGUGGCAGUCCCUAAUGUGGAAGAGGUUGCUGAGAUAAACAGAAGACCACUCCAGACACCUGUUACUACCAGUGGAGGAUUCAGUUUCCAAUGGGCACCUCCAGCCCAAGUUGAUAACCCAGAGUUCAUCGAGGUAUACAACGUCGUGAUAGACCAGCUCCCUCAACAAGGCGGAAGAGGAAAAAGACAGGCGGCUACAAACGUAGUGAACGUAAACCAAACUGGGACAGAAUUUGAGUUCAUGGCUGGACAGCCGUUCACUGACUACAGCGUGAGGGUGGAUGCUGUGCUGAACGUUAACGGAGACACUACGAGGGUCACUGCACUGUCCCCCAACACCAUCAUGACUGAAGAAGGAAUGGCGAGUGCUCCACAGAAUCCUGUUGUCACUGAAAUUGGGGUAACUACUGUUAGGGUGGGGUGGAGAGCUCCAGUCAACCCUAAUGGGAUCAUCUCAGGAUAUCGGGUAAGAGUUCAGUUGAAGGACUUUAGCGGUACAGCGAUGCAAGAAACGCCAGAUGGGUCCUCAACGUCCCUGGUGAUCACAGGACUACGAGGUUUCACAGACUACAUGGCUAUAGUGUGGGCAGUAAAUGGAGCUGGGGUUGGGGAAGAGUCUAGGCCAGUUUCGUUCAGGACAGACUUCGGGGUGGUGCCACCGACAAUCAGCAAUGUUGUCGCUAACAUCAACCAGCAGCAGUACACCUUCACUAUCAACCCCUUCAGUGAUCAAUAUGGUCCACUCAGCCACUAUGAGGUGUAUGCAGUCAUCACUGACCAGCCUCCUGACACGUCAGUCAUACUCUCGGAGCAAACCAACACCUCAUACGUUACCUUUGCUGGACGGGCUAGCACGGGUCUGUCGCAGCAGAUCAGGGUAGGCACUGGCGUCCCUGGAGACGUGACUCUAGACAACGGCCAGCAAGUGAACUAUGACAACCGGGAUGUCAGACUUGGAGCCAACUAUUACUUCUUUGUUCGACUCUACAGCAGUCAAGAUAGAACAAGAUUUAAUGAUAGCGAACCUGUCACUGUCACUGUCCCACCUCCAGUUGGUGAGCAACGCAGUGUCUUAAAUUAUUCAUAG